AUGUCCACAUGGUUUUGGCUUGAAAGCUUUGGUUACGACGACAUUUUCCCAACCAUCUCUGCUCUUCCAGAUCAACUCAUUACACCUUUUGUUAACGAAGCUGUCUCAUGUCUCCGAUGCAUUGAGUCCUCUGAACCCCCAAAUGAGUCAAAUCAUGACUUGAUCAACCAGAUCCCUCUCACUUCAAGCUAUUUGGAAAAAGACAUCUCACUUCCCUUUAUCUACAAAAAUCGAUACACCGCCAUUGCUGGAAUCAAAACCUUUCUAACCACCAAUUGUUCUAGGAUUUUUACCGACAUCCUUACACAAGUUGUUCCAUAUACUCCACCACCAUACAGUGUCUCCGGGCUCCAGCACCCUCUGAUGAUACCAGGCUUCCCGCAUCCGACUUUCGGAAACAUCAACGUCAUGCCUGAUGCCCCCAACAACACCGCACUCAUCUUCCCAUCUAAUAUUUGGGAGUGGAACGAUCACUGCAUGGAAACUGAGAACGACCGAACCUUGUUUUUAACGUUUUCUCGUGGCUUUCCUGUGUCGCAGGCCGAAGUUAGAGAGCUUUUCACCAGCAGAUUUGGAGAAAAGUGUGUUGUGGGCGUCUACAUGCGAGAAGACUACUGCGUUAAUGCACCUAACAACACAUUUGCGUGUAACAAUGAUCAGCAACAACCACUGUUCGCAAAAUUGGUUUUGGACUCGGUGAUUACUGUGGAUCGUGUGCUAGAAGGUGAGAAGCUCCAAAAGUUUAGGAUCAAUGGAAAACACAUUUGGGCUCGUAAGUACAACGAGAAGAGGGACGGACGUACUUGCUUCACCUAAAAGUCGACAGAAAAUUUAAUUUUUCUUUUGUUCAUCUUUUAUCUUUAUGUUAUGAUUUAAUAAUUAGAAAACAUAUGUAACGCUUAGCUCUUUUGGACUGCC